AUGUCGGCUUGUCCUGUCGUUGAUGGCGAAGCUCGCUUCGGCUCUAUUCUGCACAGAACAGGCCUCAUCUCAUUGGCUUCACUUCGGGUCUCGAACCCUUGCCUCCUCUCGACCGCAGGACCCCAUCUAUUUACAACUUUGAGCUAUGACCAAGUCGCGCCCUGUACAUUUAUGUUCCCCCAACUCUAUCUUUAUGUCUCUAUUUCUGCCUCUCUUUCUCUCUCUCCCUCUCUCUCAGCCUCUUUUUUCGCCCAAACACAUGCCCCAUUUGCUUCGCUGAUUGGUCCGUCCGAAUGGGAUUAA